AUGGAUCAUCGCAAAGAACAAGAAACCGGGCGCCAGCGGAUGCGAGACCUCUUCCAGCAGCGAGAACUGGACCGUGGGAGCCUCCAUCACAAGCGAAUAUUCAAGACUCCGGAAGAAGAGGCCAAGGCGAAGCAGGCAGUGAGAUUCACGCCCAACGCGCAGGCGAGGAAUCUGCGAGAAUUGACGGCCACUCGGGGACAAGCCCCAGCGUUUGACGAGGACAUCUGGGACGGCGAGCGGCGUAGACCACCCACAAGCGACUCCGGUUCAGUCAGCCCUCGGACGCGUGUUGAUCAAGAUGACGGAUGCGGUACUACUACGGGCAAGAACGGUGGUGGUGGCAACGGGGAAAAGAGCUCAGGCGGCGAAGGCAAUCCCAAAUCGCAGGCUUCUCAGACCGGGAAUGUGAGCGACAAAAAGAAUUCUCACAGUCGCACUGCGGCCGACAAGCAGAAGUCUUUUUGA